AUGUCUCGUUUCUUCUCUCAAGAGUCUCUCACUUUCUCACAAUCGCAACUAAAUCCCGCCAUCGUUGUUCCUCUUGUCAAGUUCUCAUGCUCUUUAACCAACGAAGGUAAUACCACAGGUGUUCAAUGGACUCAUUACUCGAGAAGUGAUCUUGAACUUGUGAUUCAAGAGGUGCAAGUUAGUAGUUCAGAGAAUGAAAAGCACUUAUUGAUGAAAGUAGUCGCAGGUGCCGAGUAUCUGGUAUGUGAUGAAUUUCUGUGCAAGGCUUUCAAUGUUGUAACACCUUUCAAGGAAGAACAAAAUUUAAACGAUAUCGUGAGGGUUCACAAGAACUUCGUUUUAUCUCCAGAUAGCGAGAUUCCAGUGAGAGUAGUGGUUAAGCCUCCGCUUCUCGCAUUGCGUUACCCAAAGCUCAAUGAUGUUCGUAGGUUGCAAUUCAGGUUUCGUGGUGACUCAGACUUCAAUCGGGUUCUCAAUAUCUUGAUAAACUUGGGUUUGACGCCAACAGAAAGUUUGUCAUCAGGGCCUGUCUUGCGAUCCCGUCCACCAACUGCAGACCCGACGUGUUCGGGAGUAUCUAAUGGACAUUCUUCAGCUGUAGGUUAUCUUCCUUUAACUCCAAACAGCGAAUUCAAAGUUCCCAUGGGGCCAGACUCAGCUGGUUCUAUGCUUCAGAGACCGAGUAGCUCUUACACUUCCCGAUCCGACGAUCAUCUCUGCAUCAGACCGCAAUCUGCCAUGUCAAUAUCUUCAUUCAUGCCUCAGUCCAAACCAUCUGCCGAGCCACUCAAUAGAGCGCAAUCAUUAUAUGUUUCUCAGUUCGAGCGAGAGCAACGGCAAAUACAAUCCUCAAACUCUAUAUUGAAUACCUCAGAUAAGGUGCCUUCAAAUGGUAACGCAUACGUGAAUCGAAUUUUGUUGCCAAAGCCAGAAGAAUCUCAACAUCGGUUUUCUGUCUCGCCUUUCUUCGAAACACAAAGGAAGCAUUGCUUGCCCGAUAGAUUCACUUCGUUCUCUUCGGCCAAUGAUCCACAUAAUUCAAGAAAUAAAACACAUGAAACUGCACUAGAUCUUUUCAGUCCAGCCGAAGAUCGACCAUUGCCUCGUUCGACUGAGUAUCCGUUCUUCGGUGCACCAGGAAAACGCCCGAUAUCUCUUCCAGCCGAGAAUGAUAUUUGCCUAGGCCUUCCCAUACCACCAAAGAGACAAUUGCCAUUUGCGACUCUGAAAGAUCCUCUGAGAUCCAAAUCUGUAUCCGUAGCCGACACCAGUAGACCAGUUCAAGCUCCACAACAGCGAAAGCGACCGCUUGAAAAGUUCACUAGGGAAAAUACGUCAAAUGGGAGGAGUAUCACGCCUACUAAAAAGCCAGCAAAGAGACGUGUUGCAAGUCGCAAGGGUACUACGUAUCUAUCAGAAGUUAAUGGCCUAUCAAGUAACGCUUUUCCUUCAAAAGACAGUUCAGCAAGUGUCACUCUUGACAUCCCAAUGCAGACUGAAAAAUCGCCACCUCUUGAAGCCAGGAGCAUUGCAACACCAAUCGCAUUAGAUAGAACGCCAUUAAAACUGCAAGCAGAAGGAAUUAAGGCUAGGCAGCAGUCUAUGCCAACUCUCAAAACUCCCAUGACUCUAAAAAUGGUGGAUAGAUCUACUCAAACCCAAACUCUUUCAGGUCGAGACCACACAGCGGCUCUCAAGCCUGCUUCGAACAUCCCUGUUGUAGACCUUCAGUCGACACGACCGACAGCCUCUGUAUUACAGGACGAUUUGGAUCUCGUUAUAUCAAGAUACACUUCAGGCUCGCGGGUAAGUCUGCCGUCUAACUACAGCGAUGUUCCUGAUGACAAACGUCAUAAAAUGCUCAAUGAUUUCAUAAUCAAAAAUUUAGAGAAUGAUGACUUUCUCAAAUUAGCAGAGGAUAUGGAUGUUUCUUGGCGUAGGAUAGGUCUUGCAAGAUAG